AUGAUUUUAUUUCUUCCUCUUCUUCUUACUGUAUUAUUUAUGGAUAUUGAAAAUUGUCAUGCAAUUCAACAAAACAAAACGUAUUUUCAUCCAUUUUCAGACCAACUAAUCACAUUUAUCAAUAACCAUCCUAAUGCUGGAUGGAAAGCUCAAAGAACUAAUCGAUUUAGUACAAUUGAAGAUGCUAAAUUAAUGAUGGGUGUUAUAUUGGAAGAUAAUAAUCAAAGAAUAAAAUUACGUCCAACAAUUAGACAUAAUGAUGUUAAUAUUAAAUUACCAAAAUUCUUUGAUUCACGUAAACAUUGGAAGAAUUGUCCAAGUAUUCGAACAAUACGUGAUCAAUCUUCAUGUGGUUCAUGUUGGGCUUUUGGAGCUGCUGAAUCAAUGAGUGAUCGUAUCUGUAUUCAUUCUAAAAGUAAAAUCUCUGUAGAAUUAAGUGCUGUUAAUCUAUUAAGCUGUUGUACAAGAUGUGGUCUUGGUUGUAAUGGUGGUAUUCCAGGAAUGGCAUGGGAUUAUUGGAAAUAUGAAGGUAUUGUUACAGGAGGAUCAAAUGAAACGCAUACAGGAUGUCAACCAUAUCCAUUUCCUAAAUGUAAUCAUCAUGCAAGUACAAAAAGUUAUCCACUAUGUGAAAGUCAUUAUUAUUCAACACCAGAAUGUUAUAAAAGUUGUCAAGAUGAUUAUCAUAAACCCUAUAAAAAAGAUAAAUUUUAUGGUAAAACUUCUUAUAAUGUAGCCAGUGAAGAAAUUUCAAUCAUGAAAGAGAUUUUAUUAAAUGGUCCAGUUGAAG